AUACGUAAUUAGUGGGAACACUUAUAAAUAUGCCGAAUCUCUGUUUCAAUGGGCACUUACUAGAUUCAGUUUUUGUGAAUUAAUUGUUUUGUGUCUUGCCGAAAAUAUGUUUCUGAUAACGUUCGCUUGUUUAUUAGCAACUACAGUAGGUGCCCCACAAACCUACAGGCAACAGCAACAAGGCUACAAGAGUAACCAGCCAGCUGUUCCAAUAGUUUCAGAGUCAAACGAGAUUAAUCCCGAUGGAUCAUUUAGUUACAGCUACGUCUCUGGCGAUGGUACCCAAGCCCAAGCACAAGGAUACAUCAAGAAAGUGGGCCCUAAAAACAUCGAAGCAGAAGUUAUAUCUGGCUCGUACUCUUAUACCGCUCCAGAUGGUACUCCCAUAACGGUAAACUGGAUCGCUGACGAAAAUGGCUUUAGGGCUGAAGGUGCCCACAUUCCCACUUCACCACCAGUGGAACCAAGAAGACCAUCAAUAUCCAGAAGACCAACUGCCCAAAGGCAAUUGGAGGAUCAGUACUCGGAUGAUCAAUACGCUCAAGACGAUGAUGUUGGUGAUGAUGCAGAAACGUUCCAGAGCAAAAGGAGAUACAGAUAUUAAAGAUUUAGUUGUAUUAAGCAAUUUUCCAAAAGGUUUUAGCUUAAGGUUCUGUUAACAUUAUAAAUUCAUGUUAUCUCCUUAUUCAUUUAACAAAAUAAACGUACAAGGCAAA